ACGACAGCACAAAACGCAGUGAACGCAGUGAACGCAAGCAUGGAUGACGGCGGGCGUGCUGACGCUGAGAACGCAAUGCGUGAGCAGCGUGCAGGAGAGGAACAAGGAGAGGAACAAGGAGACGAGGUGUGGGAAGACCCCGCAGAGGAUACAGAAGAAGAAGAGCAGCAGCAACAACAGCAACAACAGGUGCAGCCAGACGAACUGCAAGGGCAGCAGGAGCAGCAAGGGCAGGGGCAGCAGCAGCCAGCAGCGGAGCGGCCAAGCAGGAUGUCGGCGUGGGACGACGAGAACCUGAACGCUCAGCACCCAGAGCAACAACACGAAGAAGAGGAAGGCCGGCCGCAUCGGGCGUCGGUGAUUCACUUUGACGACCAUGUUGCUCCAAGACCAAGCGCCAACGCUCCCUCGGCCGCCAGUGACACCGUCAAUGGCGUCAUGAAUGGCAUGAAUGGCGGCAACCGAGACACACACAUCAACGGCGGUACCGAUCAUCAAGGCAGCACCGGCAACGGCAACGACCACCACCACCACCACCACCAACACCAUGAUGACGACGACAACGGCAACAAUAGCAACAAUCACAGCGAGUCUGUGCAGCACGAUGAUGUGGUGCUCUCUGUGGGCGACAUGAGCGUCACGUCGCCUGUCUCCACGCUCUCAGACUUGACGUACACGGGCCGGCGCCUCAACACGCAUCCUGCCGUGCGCCACGCCGUCCACACCAACCAGAUGACGGUGGACUUUGCCCGCGCCAUGAUCCCCCAGCGCGCAGACAAGCUGUAUGGGGAGUAUAUUGCAGAUCGCAUUCGACUUGCUGGUCUGCGCAUCAACACCCUGAGCACGGGUGACCCCGUGGACUUUGUUCUCGUCUACUCCCUUGGAAAGUACGAUGAAGAAGAAAUUGCAGAGCGGGUGCUCGAUCCCCAUCACGCGGACGGCUCUGAGGAGAAGCGUGAGCGAGAGCGGUUGCGCUUUGAGCUCAACCUGAUGCGAAAGGGCCUUGUCAUUGAACGCGAGUCGAGUGGAAAGCACAUUGCCAUUGUCAAAGUGCACUGCCCGUUCAAGCGCCUGUGCGAGCGAGCGCAGGUGAUGCAGAUGAAACUUCCCCUCAAGAAGGACCCCGUGUAUGAGCGGCUGCAAAACGACGAGGUGCUUGCGCUCAAGUAUCGCCUGCGCCGCGUGUUCGAGGCAGUCUUACCGGACGCGUGGGCCGCACGUAUGUUCUUUGAUGACGCAAGCAGAUUCGACACGGACAGAUCGUCCACCGCCCACUUCAGCAUCGAGCACGCCGAGAAAUUCGAGAACUUUGAGACGCCGCACAAGUUCUUCUCGCCGGCGCAGCGAUCCGUGCUCGUGCGCUACAUUCUCCUCAACACAAAAUACGGGCACAACGCAGUCCCCGACAGCAAGGCCGAGACAAAGGUUGGCAUUGAUCGGCUGAUGCGCAAGGGAACAUAUGUCGAUGCGUUUCCGCUGCACGACUCAUCCUUUGAUCUUCCAUCGGAGAUUGAUGCCAUGCGUGGCGAAGUGGUCUGCAGCCCGACAAAACAGAAGCACUCGUCACGCAAGCACACGUUUGACAACAACCGCAUCAACGCUUACGGUCUCCGCGCCAUUCUCCUCGAAACCUGGGGACGGUUCUGGUGCGUGCUGCGCGCGCAACCGCUGGGUCUCGUUCGUGAGUACUUUGGGGAGAAAGUCGCGUUCUACUUUGCGUGGCUGGGCUUCUACACGACCUGGCUCAUCAUCCCCUCUGUCGUCGGUUUCCUCACUCUCUUCUACGGCGUCGCCCAGUUCCAGGGCCGCGCGGACACGACGCAAGUGUGCCAGUCCAACGUGACCAUGUGCGCGGUGUGCGACACGUGCGAAAAGUGGCAGCUCAAUUCCUCCUGCACCGCUGCAGAGGCGACGUACAUCUUUGACAACGAGGCGACGAUUGCGUUUGCGUUCUUCAUGAGUCUGUGGGCCACCGUGUUCACGGAGUACUGGAAGCGCUCACAGGCAGAGCUGUCGUUUGACUGGAACAUGGUCGAUCACGACGACUUUGAGCCGCUGCGCCCGCAGUUCCGCGCAUCCACAACGAGGAAGAACCUCAUCACAGACCAGAACGAGCCGCACUACCCGGCGUACCGACGCUAUCUGAAGUACAUCCUGACUGCAUCGACAGUGCUGACGGUAUGCGCAACGGUGAUCAUCAUCCUCAUUUCGACGAUUGUGUAUCGCAUUGCGGUGUACACGGCGUAUGUGACGCGGCAACCGGACCAGCAGGACCAGGCCUCACUCAUCGCGUCCGGCACGGCUGCCGUCAUCAACCUCAUCCUUAUCAUCACGCUCAGCUUCUUUUACCGGUACCUGGCUGUGUGGCUGACGGAUUGGGAGAACCACAAGACGACGUCCAAAUAUGAGCAGCAUCUCACCAUCAAGAUUUUCACCUUUCAGUUUUUCAACUCCUUUGGCUCUCUCUUCUAUAUUGCAUUCUUCCAGCACCAAGACAUUGGUGUCCCUGGCGACUACGACACGUUCUUUGGCUACCAGUCUGAUUCGUGCCCGGCGUACGGGUGCCUCCUCGAGCUGACGAUCCAACUUGCUGUCAUCAUGGUUGGACGGCAGGCAUUCAACAACGUCCUAGAGAUUGGCCUGCCGCUGCUGAAGGCGUGGUGGCGGAAGUGCCGCCUGCGACUGAAGACGACGCAGCACAACGACCUUCUGCCGUGGGAGGAGGACUAUCUGCUGCUGGAUGCGUAUCCGCGCCUGGGACUGUUCGACGACUAUCUCGAGAUGUGCAUGCAGUAUGGCUUCAUCACUCUCUUCGUCGCUUCGUUCCCGCUCGCGCCCUUCUUCGCCCUCAUCAACAACAUCUUCGAGAUUCGUGUGGAUGCGUCCAAGUUUAUUGGGCUGUGGCGCCGUCCAAUUGCGGAGCGCGCCGCUGGUCUCGGCCUCUGGCGUCAGGUCCUUGAAUUCCUCACCCUUGCCAGCGUCAUCACAAACGGAAUGGUGAUCUCGUUUACGUCAAACUUUGUCGACAAGCUCGUAUAUCGCGAGUCGCGCGGGUCUCUGGACGGGUUCUAUCUCGCCAUCACUGCAGAGUCACCGUACGACGGGCCCCUCGAUAUCUACCGCAACUGCCGGUAUUUUGGCGUUCGUGAUGCUGAUGGCGAGUACAAGAAGUUGUUCUACGAGAUUCUCAUGGGCAAACUUGCAUUCUUCAUCGUCUUUGAGCACGUUGUGUUCUUGACCAAGUUCCUCGCGCAAGUCAUCAUCCCCGAUGAACCCAGAUGGGUGACCAUUGCCCGCAAGCGCGAGGUGUACCAGGCACGAGCCAUCAUCGAAGGCCUUUCCGACACGCACUACCUCAAUGCCGAGGAGAACGAAAUCACCAACCAGGGCCUGGACGCCGACUCAAUCGCAUCCACAGAGGAGCGUGACGGUGCGGAAUUGCGGCGGCGGCGACCACAGCAGCAGCAGCAGCAGCAAUCUACGGAUGAGAGCAUCAUCUGAGCCGGGCACCAGCUGUUGUUUUGCCGUGCCAACAUAGGCAGCCAACCUGCCGUGCACACGCAGCAGUCGUGUUUGUUGUUUGUUGUACUGUGUUGUGGCUUGAAGGGUCACGUAUUGAUGCUUCCUUUCCAAGUAUGUGCGUAGUGGACGCUGUUUGCACGACUUACAUACGGUCGAUUCGUCUUAUUUACACGCUUCACGCUACAACACUUGUUCACACUCCAAUAACAAGGUCACUUAGAAACAGCCAACAUGCACAAAGUCAGCACAGCCACACGCAUUCCUUCC